AUGAAGCGAGAUUCAAAAAAGGCUAGUAGUAGCAAUAAAGCAAUUGCAAGUUCUUCUAAGGGAAUUACUACCAUAGAUAAAUAUAUAGGUGGUGGAACCUUUGGAAAUAUUUUUUCUGGCUUUUAUCAUGGUCAAGCUGAAUGUCAAGGAAACAUUAUUCCACAGUUAUUAUAUGAAGGAUAUGUCUAUGAUGGGUAUCUUUAUAUGUUAACAUUACAAUUAAUCGAGGAUGCUCGCCAUAUUGACCCAGCAAACCUUACGUUAGAAGAAAAGAGAACAAUUGUUGAUGUUAGUAGUAGUAGUAUUUUUGAAAGUACAAUUAAUGUCAAAAUUGAUGAUGUUGGUGGUAAUAAUAAUGAAAGUCAAAUUGAU